GGGAGACCAGAUAUAGUGAAUGCAGGGUUCUGGGAGACCAGAUAUAGUGAAUGCUGGGUCCGGGGAGACCAGAUAUAGUGAAUGCAGGGUCCGGGGAGACCAGAUAUAGUGAAUGCAGGGUCCGGGGAGACCAGAUAUAAUGAAUGCAGGGUCCGGGGAGACCAGAUAUAGUGAAUGCAGGGUCCGGGGAGACCAGAUAUAGUGAAUGCAGGGGUCCGGGGAGACCGGAUAUAGUGAAUGCAGGGUCCGGGGAGACCAGAUAUAGUGAAUGCAGGGUCCGGGGA